AUGUCCUUCAACCCUGCUGACGAAGGGCACCGCUCUUCGCUCUUCGUGAGCUUCUUCGCCUCCGCCGCCGGCCCGGCAGUCGCGUGCCUCGCCACGAAUCCCGCCGACGUCGCUCGUACACGGCUCUCGCUCGACGCCGCGCUGCAGGACGCGUCACAGAAGCAGUACCGCGGCGCAGUGGACUGCAUCCGCAAGACGUGGGUGGAGGAGGGCUUCACGGGCGUGCAGCGCGGCCUUCGCUUCGCCAUGGUGCGCGAGGCGUCGAAGAACUCCUUCCGCAUCGGCCUCUUUGAGCCGCUGCUGCAGGCCCAGACCGGCGGCUCCCGCCGCGCCUCAUGGAGAGAGCGGCUGCUCGCCGGCGGCACGUCUGGCGGCGUC